AUGGCGCAAGGGGGUAGUAACCCUCCUUCCUGCGCUAAGUAUGGUAGGAAUCACUCAGGUACUUGUUGUGAAAGCUCCACUGGUUGUUUCAAGUGUGGCCAGAAUGGUCAUUACAUGCGAGAAUGUCCAAAGAAUAAGCAGGGUAACGGGAAUGGGGGCAAUAGAGAUAGAGUUGCACCUAGAGGGGCAAUUUCAGGUACUGGAAGAGGAACAAACCGCCUAUAUGCUAUCACAAGUCGCCAAGUGCAAGAGGAUUCUCCAGAUGUUGUUACUGGCCACAUUAUGUUUGGAGAGGGAAAUAAAGUUGGUACUUAG